ACGUGUGACGACCCCAGCCCCGCCAACGGGGGGAGAGCGUGUGCAGGAGCAGACACGCAGGUACAGAGGUGCAGCACCGACACCUGUCCAGUGGACGGGAGCUGGGCCUCGUGGCAGCUCUGGGGAGGAUGCUCCGCCUCCUGCGGCGGCGGCGCGUCCGUCUGUGUAACAGUCCGCCUCGUGGGAACGGAGGUCGGCCGUGUCCGGGAGACUCCUCCCAGCUCUCCAGGUGUAACGCUCACGCCUGCCCAGGCGGCCCCCAGAGCGCACGAGGAAGCAUCGUAGGAAACAUCAACGACAUUGAGUUCGGCAUAUCCAUCCUCAACGCCACCGUCACAGACGGCCAGUCUGGUGGCAGAACCGUCACGGCCACGAUCACCAACGUACCGAGGACACUAGGUCCCGCGAUGAGAACGCUCGUCUCCAUCCUGAACCCGGUCUACUGGACCGCUGCACAGGAAGUGGGCGAGGCCGUCAACGGCAACGCGCUGACGGGAAGCGUCUUCAGGCGAGAGACGCAGGUGGAGUUUGCCACAGGUGAGACCCUGAGGAUGACCCUCGCUGCGCGAGGCCUGGACUCGGACGGAGCGUUGCUGCUGGACAUCGUGGUGAACGGACACGUCCUGCAGCUGCCCUCGCACGCUGACAUCAGCAUCAAGGACUACACGGAGGACUACAUCCAGACGGGGGCGGGCCGGCUGUACGCCGGGUCCACCCGCAUGUUCAGCAUCGACGGGGAGAGCGUGCCGUACUGCUGGAACCACAGCAUCUCCUACGACCCCUCCAGGGGAAAGAUGCCCUACCUGGUGCAGACGCUGCACGCCUCAGUACCGCCCCCUAGAGGAGACGCUGGAGUAUAGCAUCCAGGCUUGCAUCGCCAAGGGAGAUCGCAGUAACCAGUGUCCUCAGGGAUUCACGCUGGAGUCCGCUGGGCCCUUCUGUGCAGGAGACCAGAGGCAGGUGGGCGGCGGCGGGACUUUGUCCACGGAUGGUUCACGCCGGAUGCUUCGGGCCACACCGGCGGGCGCCGCCUGUCGUCGUAGUCCUCUACGUUCAAUCGGUCGACUGGAUCCUGGCUUUUCAAAUUAAAACAAGUGCAAAGGAAUCAAUGAAGCGGCUUACUGUGUAAUAUCUGACUGCUGUACUUUUGGUAAAUGAGCAGCACAAAAUACUCCAAUGUACAGCCGAGUGUUAAUGGCUCCCUGAGAUCAGAAGGCCAGUCACAUCUCAAGCAUGUCAUUGUGCCAUUUGUGUUUAAGUCAUUUCCCCGAAAGAGAAAAUGGCUGGUAUUUUACCACCGAUGGUGUGAUUCUGUAGUUUAAUUAACUGUUGUGUCAGAGGCUGAAGUGCAGGCAGGUUGUGCGUUUAAAGAAACCUGGAAUCUUGACCUUAACGUGUGAUCCAACAUUAUUAUGACUAUUAUGUAUUUGUCAAUUGUCAACUCUUUGAAUUAAUUAUUAUGAACUCUGA